AGUUGCUGAAGCCGAAGAAUAACGGAAACAAAUGCUCUAUCGUUGUCUUUUACCCCGACCUUCCCUUAUUGGCUUCUGGGCCAGAAGGUGUGGUUUGACUUAACUUUUAUACAUUUGUACGUUGAUUUCUUUCAUUUACCAUCGCAAGCUGAUCGAAGAUUUGUAUUAGUUAAAAGCUAGCUUGUCAUAUGUCCCCCUGUAGCUUGUCAGCGAGCGCAGUUUUCUUGCACGGCCACCGGGUGAGAAAUUUUCAUAUUGUGAUUAACCAGGAGUUUAAGAAGUAAGGAUGGCAAAAGACUUAAAAACGGAAUUUAUCCAGCUCUGCAAGAAAUUGCAAGAUCCGCACCUUGUUGCAAAAUUUCAGCAGUUUUGCGGGGUAAGAGGGACAUUUCCAGGGAAAUCGAGUGAAACAUCAGACGGGGAUCAGGAAAGAUUUCACAACGGUGCCUGCACGAACUACUGCCCGGGUGAAGGUGAAAACGGAAGGGGAGAAGGUUGCAAGAGUGACGGUCCUCGGCAAAGAAAAACCACCACAGAAGAAAACAGUCCGAUUCAUGAUGACUGCAUGAACGGCCUACUGAACGGGACAGCAGCACAGAUCUCCGGCGCCUGCGAGACAGAGGGGCAGAACGUAAACAAAUACCUCGCUGGUGUUAGAGAUGGCGGAGAUGCACAGGAGGGACCCACUGUAGACAGUGCUGAUCACGGACGCGGGACGUUAUGCGACCCAUCAAAGGACGGCGAAAGCUUGGGUGGAAGCGCUCCGAGCAUCGUAAAGCCCCUGCGCAAGAACUCUCUGACAGGCGACGGUGGGCAGGAGUUUAUCAUCGAGAACAAGUUUCUAUUCUACCUGUUUACGUUCGGGACUGAACUGGGCAACGAGAUGUUCUUCAUCGUUUUCUUUCCUUUCCUAAUGUGGAACGUUGACGCCUACGUGAGCCGGCGACUUAUCGUUGUCUGGGUUUGGGUCUUGUUUCUGGGCCAAUCCACAAAAGACCUCAUCCGCUGGACGAGGCCCGCCUCGCCGCCUGUGGUCAAAGUAGAAGUGUUCUACAACUCAGAGUACAGCAUGCCGUCCACGCACGCCAUGUCGGGGACCGCUAUCCCAUUUUCGCUGUUCCUGCUGACUUAUGGCCGGUGGGAGUAUCCCUUCAUCUUUGGACUGGGCCUGGCGCUCUCCUGGAGUAUCCUGGUGUGUGUGAGCCGGGUCUACAUGGGCAUGCACUCUGUCCUGGAAGUCAUCGCCGGUUUCCUGUACAGCGCCCUGAUCCUGGCCGUGAUCCAGCCGGCCCUGGACCACAUCGACGGCUUCUACCUGACGUCCCCCCACGCCCCGCUGGUCAUCGUUCUCCUGCACGUGGCCCUGGGCCUCCUGGCCUUCACCCUGGACUCCUGGAGCACCUCCCGGGGGGACACAGCCCAGGCCCUGGGGACCGGGGCCGGGGCCGCCUUGGCCUCCCACCUCAACCACCUGCUGGGCCUGGCGCCCGACCCGCCCCUGUUCGAGCUGCCCUUCGCCCCUCAGCCCCUGGGCGCCGCCCUGGUGGGCCGCUCACUCCUGCGCCUGGCGCUGGGCGUGGCCGUGCUGCUGGCCACGCGUGCCGCCAUGAAGGCCCUGACCAUCCCGCUGGUGUGCCGCGCGGUGGGCGUUGCCAGCGGCGACGUGAGGCUGGCGCGGCAGCACAUGGAGGUGGAGCUGCCCUACCGCUACAUCGUGUACGGCACGGUGGGCUUCAGCUGCGUCUUCCUGGUGCCCCUCCUCUUCAGCUGCCUCAACCUGUCCUGAGCCUCGUCGACGCCCCCACCAGCUCCGCCCCAGAUUCCCUGAGUAUGCUGCCCUGUGGAUAGUUGUGGGUGAAGGACUUGUCGCGAAUCGAUCUUCCUCUUCAUUUUUGGUUUUGACGUAUGUCCGUAAUUUCUGUUCCUCUCAUGGUUCCAGCAGCAAUCGGCUGAGGAGAUUUGAGAUCUGUUCCCCUUUUCAGCCGUUUCCGUUCUGUGUAAUGGGGCCUGGCUCCCCUAGCUUCUCAGGCUUGUGUGUGAGUGUGUGCAGUUGUGUGUGUGUGUAUGUGCAUGUGUAUAUGUGUGUGAGGCAGACAGAUUCUGCUUUUGUUCAGACUGCCUUUCCUCCUCUCCUGUACUGGGACUCUGUCCCACAAACACACACACCCAUCCUGUCCCGACUCUGUGGCCACAGUCGCUCAUUGUUUGCAUGUUGUACAAUUGCGGGCUGAGUCCCCCCAUAUCAAACGCCCCCGCCCCCACUUAAAAAGGUCUUUGUUGUUGAAACCUAUACAAAUAUUCUCACAUGAAACUUUGAACUAACAGGGUUCAGUUUUUUUCCUUACAUGAAGGGUCCUGUGUUGUAAAGACUGAUCUCUGAAGGUCGACAGAAUCGAAGGGUGAGGACAUCUACCAGCCUGCGUGAAGCGACUUCCUGUGAAUCCAAAAGUUCAGAGGAAAAUAGCGCUAGAGGAGAGAGAGGUGCCAUGAGCAGGUGGGAUGCUAGGGGGUUCUGGGAAAUGAAGUUCAGGGGUUUUGUUGGCUCGAUUUCAUUUUAGACAUGCAAAUCGCUAUCUUAUUUUAAUCAAUAUAUAGACAGAGAAAGAAAUGAGUAUUAUUAGGGUGGUGCUGAGCCUUGCAAUGGUUUUACUGUAUGAAUAAGUCAUCAGCCAUCUUUCAAAAUGGUAAAGCACAAAAUGUUGUUGCAUUAUGUGAUGGAUACUGAGUAGCUUUACAUCAUACAUUCUGCAGAGCUGAUGACUCUCCGGUAAUUACGGUGAUGACACUUAUCAGCGAACAGUAGAGUGGUCACUACAAUUGGUAUUUUUCAAUCAUUACAUCAGUGGUGGAAAAUCUUGGUUCAGAAAAUACUCCCUAGUAUUUUGUUGUGAUCACCUGGAUUUGCUAAUCUGCACAAUUUUUCAUGUUCAUGGGAGGAAGAAACACAGAUUCCUUGUCCCCUGGACUUCCACCACUGCAUUACAUCCAUAUACUGUACAGGGCUGUUGAUAUUAAACUGGUUUUUAUAGUUGCCGUCUCCUGGAAAAUAGAUGUAAUCAGUUAUAGCUCUCCUUAUUACAGCCCAGGUUAUUUGGCCUCCUGGAAAGAACAUGUUCCAUUGUCAGGACCAGCCAUAAAUGAUGAAAAGAUCUUGUUUGGUUCCAAGCCAAACAAAAAGCAACCACACCUUCAAGAUCAUUCAGGGUGUAUAUUUGAACAAAACCAAGAAACGGUGUGAUACCAGAUGAGCAGAAUCGUUCAAGCUAUACAGCACCUCCCUGGAAUCUUGUACCUCAUACAUAUACUUAAAAAAUAUAUUGUAUAUGAAAUGCUGUAUGAUACAUUCCACCACAAAUUUCACAAUAUAUUUUACAAUGUCCACCAAAAGUACAUUAUUUCUCAUACCUGCAACAUAUUUUGACACGUCAAUAUGUUAUAUUCCUCAUUUUUUGGAUUUUGUCUUUGCACACAUUUUUCAAAAGGUUAUAUAAUUUCUGUGUAAAUAGACUCAAACCAUGGUUUAGUUCUUGGGUAGUGAGGGAAUACUUUUGUGUCAGGUAUUUCUAGAUAGAUUUUUACCCACUAUCUGCCAUUCUCAUAAGGUUAAAGAGAAGAAACAGCAGUGAAAUCACCAUAGUGUUGUGGUCUCCUCUUAACACCUAGGAUCACAAUUUAAAUUUGAUAAAUCUCUAUAUGCACUUGAGUGUUAGAGCUUACGUGUAAAAUAUAUGUACAUAAUAGUAUUCUUCAUACAGAAAAAAAGCUUUUUCUUAUGUAUAUAGUACCUGAGUGUGUUUAGUAUUAAUUCCUUAGGCUUUGGAGGAACACGAAUGCCGAUUUAGUACUGAAUAUUAACAAGACAUUGACCAAAUACACGGACUGAGAUGCCAGAGAAACUUGGUUUCUCUGGCUUUAGCUACCCAAUACAGUUAUCAUUUAUUUUAAUAUUAUAAUGCUCUUUCUCCAGGUAACAUGCAUAGCGUUUAAUAAUAUUAUACAUUCAUGCAGAGGGGAUGGUUACUGAUACGUUUCACAUUUGGCCAAUGGUGGCAGAGGUGGGAAUUCCUGGUUCAGAAAGUUAAAUUCCUCCCCAGUAUUUUAUUCCAAUCACCUGGAUUUGCUAAUUGGCUCAAUUCUUUCAGUGGAAGAAGCAGUGGGACUUCUGGACUUUCCACCUCUGAACAGUGGUCUCCCCUACCACCCAGGUUUUGAACCUGAGGCCUACUGGUUACUAGCUCACUUCCCUAACCACAGUGCUUUACCGCCGUCUGUUGCUCAAGUAGCUCCCCUAGUGCCUUUAUUGUCUCAGUGUUUUCCCUGAAGUUAUGACUAAUUUUGGAAGUAUUUGCCAGUUGCAAUGCUACAACUGUCCUGUGUAACUACAGUGUUCAGAAGUAUGUUUAAUUCUGUAAAAAGAUAUAUAUAUAUUACUUGUUUCUCUAUAGUCAUUGUACUUAGUUCACUGAUACUACUUUUUUUUUUUUUUUACAUUGUAUAAUUUUUUUAAUCCCUGCUUUCUGUUUCAUGGAACCAAUCCAAUUAUUUGUCGACCUGCGUAAAAAUAAUUUGCACAAGAGCGGGUUGCUCCACAGAAACUGAUGCUAACAAAGAAUAUACUGUAUGAUAAAGAGUAUUUUUUCUUGUGGAUGACUUGAUGUAGUCACUGAAUGCCAAUCUUGCUCACUACUACUGCAAAGACUGACAGUCAGUCCAGGAUUUGACUGCUCCAUUAAAGACUGGCUGCUACCCUAGACAUUGACCAAUAAAGUAGAGCGACUUCCGCUUUCUGCUCUUACUGUGAACACUGACCGCUACCUUUGACUCUCAACGUGACUAAAAGACUGGCUUCCACUUUAUAUUGUGACCACUACUGUUAAGACUGAGUGCCACUUUAGACUGACCGCUACUGUACAGAAAUAAACCCAGUUUGCCUAGGCAGAAGCUGGCUGGCAAACUCUGCUUUUCCUCUCAGCUGUUUGUUAAACACAGCUCAUACCGACUGUACCCCCAUGGGGACAGUUUGAUGAUGGACAAGAGGGAGCAUGGGGCAUUUGACACUCUGUCUGCGGGCUUUCAGUGUCUGCUUACAUUAAUGUUCUUGUACCGCUCCUGUAACAUUCCUGCAACGUUCUCUCCACUUUCACUCUCUUCUGCGCCCAGCAUGUCAGACGGGGCCAGGUUUUUGUGCUAGAGAGGUGAUAUUGGAAAGGUAUUAGAUGUAGAUGUCAAAUUAUGCCUGAUUAGCUCUCAGCUCACUAUCCCUUUUCAGACUGCAAAACCACCACAUGGAAACUGGAACCACAUAACUGCCUUUGCUUCUACAGUAUAUUCAUAAUUGUAACUUACAUUGUUUAAACUACGGUUGUCUUGUAUUACAACUUAUGAGUAUUGAGGAAGAGAUGUUAUAUUAAUAUUUAUUAGACUAUAAAUUAUAAUGAUAAUUUUUGAGCUUCAAUAGUAGAGAGACAGAACUUUCUGAAUAUGGGGCAAGGUAUCAGGCUGUCUGUUGAACCUAUAAUGGUAAUCUCUUGAAAAACAGCUCAAGCUAGGUUUGAAACAGUUGGUAGCUGGUUGACCAGCUCGUACCCAGGUAGACCAGCUUUAUGACCAGCUUGGCAAUGCUGGUUGACCGGCUCAUACCCAGCUAGACCAGCUUGAAAAUUGAGCUGGUCAUGCUGCCAUUUUGGAUUUAACAGCAGGGUUCUCUGACAGCUCAGAAUCUUCAGUAUAAAUCUCAGUGAGCUCGGUUUGGUGUCUGAGCUGAAAUGGUCAAAUUCAGUGUGGCCCCCUCCCAGUUCAUGUCAACUGGCUGCCAGUAGAGCUGGCAAAAACAGCGGCAUUGUCUAAUUUUCUUUUUCUUACCAACAAUACAUCGAAAACAAUCCACUCCAGUCCUAUCUGUUGUAUCUUGGGAAAUGAAUAAAGUGAUGUGUUAAUUUGC